AUGUCGAAUCUUGCUUACAUCAACCCUGGUGGUAAACAGGCUCGCAAGGCGAGCGCUCUCGAUAUCAACAUGAUUGCUGCGCGGGGACUGCAGGAAGUUAUGAAGACAAACCUUGGACCUCGUGGAACAAUGAAGAUGCUGGUCUCUGGGGCUGGCAUGAUUAAAAUUACCAAAGAUGGCAAUACAUUGCUUGGGGAAAUGCAAAUUCAGCAUCCGACGGCGGCUCUUAUUGCGCGCGCAGCGACUGCCAUCGAUGAUAUCACUGGUGACGGGAGUACAAGUGUAGUUCUUACGAUAGGCGAGAUGAUGCGGCAGUCGGAGCGCUACAUUCAGGAGGGCAUGCAUCCGCGUACCAUCACGGAGGGUUUCCAUGUCGCCCGCGAAGAGGCUCUCAAGUUUUUGGAAGCGAGUGUCAUUACCAUUCCUAGUACGGAGCGUCGUGAGUACCUUACCAAUGUGGCGCGGACUGCACUAUCGACGAAAGUGAAUGUCGGUCUGUCGGAGCAGCUUGCAGAGGCUGUGGUGGAUGCCGUCUACGCCAUUGCCGAGGAUGGAAGGGAAGUGGAUUUGCACAUGGUGGAAGUGAUGCACAUGCGCCACCGUCUCAGCUCUGACACGCGCUUUGUGAACGGUAUUGUUCUUGAUCAUGGUGGUCGUAACAACGACAUGCCGAAGUACCUUGAGAAUGCUUACAUUCUCACCUGCAAUGUUUCUCUUGAGUACGAGCGGAGUGAACUGAAUACAGGCUUCUACUACAAGGAUCCGGCAGAGAAGGCCCGCAUGGUGGAGGCGGAGCGCAAAAUGAGUGACGAUCGCGUUCGCCAGAUCAUCGAGCUCAAGAAACAAGUAUGCACGAAGGAGAACGGUCGGACGUUCGUGGUGAUUAAUCAGAAAGGUAUUGAUCCUAUCUCAUUGGAGAUGCUUGCUAAGGAGAACAUUCUUGCCUUGCGCCGUGCGAAGCGCCGCAACAUGGAGCGCCUGGUGCUGGCAUGUGGCGGCGAGGCAGUCAACUCCACGGACAACCUGACACCUGAUGUUCUUGGUGAGGCUGGUUGCAUUCAGGAAUACACUUUGGGAGAUGACAAGUACACGUUUGUUGAGAACGUCUCCAAGGGCAAAAGCUGUACGCUGCUCGUGAAAGGGCCAAACGACCACACAAUUGCGCAAAUCAAGGAUGCCGUGCGUGAUGGACUGCGCGCUGUGAAGAAUGCGUUUGAGGCUGCGGCAGUCGUUGCCGGAGCUGGCGCCUUCGAGGUUGCUCUGCACGAUCAUCUCAUGAAGUUCGCUGAAAACGUGAGCGGGAAGCAGAAGAUGGGCAUCCGCGCAUACGCGGAUGCGAUGCUUGUCACGCCGAAGACACUGGCUGAGAACUCCGGACUCGAUGUGCAGGAAUGCCUCAUCACGCUACAGGAAGCUAGCAGAACGGCUCGCAAGAGCGGAAAGUGGGCUGGUCUCAGAAUUGAUAACGGUGACGUGAUUGAUCCUAUCCUGGCCGGAACUCUCGACAAUGUCAUUGUCAAGCGGAGCCUUCUUGAGUCCACUGGCGACAUCGUUGCGCAGCUACUUCUCGUCGAUGAGAUCAUGAAGGCUGGCCGUCGCGGCGCUGGCGGCCAGUAG